AUGGUCCGUGUAGAACAUUCGCUAUCAGAGGCAUUCAAAGUGACAGAGGCGUGGGAGAGCUUUUUGCAAACAAAAUAUGGUGAGAAUACGUCUUCCAAAAGCACCGAAGCCUUUCGAGUUUACACCGAAGACGAAGAAACGACUGUAACCAAGUUCUACCGUGAGAACCACGAAAAACAGACCUUGGCGCAUGUCCUGGCCCAGAAACUAAAGUAUGGUACCCUCGACAAGGCCCAAAUGGGGGUCUGGGAGGCAUUGGAAUUCUUGAAUGGGCUUGUAGACGAAUCAGACCCUGACACUGCACUUCCGCAGAUGGUGCACGCCUUGCAAUCGGCCGAGGCAGCCCGUAGAGACGGUCGUCCCCGGUGGAUGAUCCUGGUUGCUCUGAUUCACGAUCUGGGUAAAUAUCUCUUUUUUAUGGGCGAGCCUCAGUGGACAGUCGUAGGAGACACUUUCCCAGUCGGUUGCCAGUACUCGGACAAGAUUGUCUAUCGUGCUUUUUUGAAUAACAACCCUGACCAUUGCCAUCCCGUCUAUUCGUCCAAGUACGGCAUAUAUUCACCCAAUUGUGGUCUCGACAAAGUCCAUCUUAGCUACGGCCACGAUGAAUACCUUUACCAGGUCUGCAAACCAUAUCUUCCCAAAGAAGCUCUUUAUUGUAUUCGAUACCAUUCAUUCUAUUCAUGUCACACGGAGGGAGAGUACAGCUGGCUGCUAAACGAAUUUGAUUUACAAAUGAUGCCCCACCUAAAGAUCUUCAAUCAGUAUGAUCUUUACUCUAAGGCUGAACAGCCUCCGGAUGAAAAGGCACUCAGGCCAUUCUACGAAGAGCUUAUAAAAGAAUACUUUCCCCCUUCUAUUGACUGGUAA